AUGCUUCAACUACUUAAAGCUUUGAUUGCCCUCGGCCUCGCCAGUCAUGCGAUAACUUUUGCAGAAGCAGCCUCUAUCCUCUUUACUGACGCCACAAUCAUCACAUUCAAUGCGAACACUUUGCGAACGGAAGUUAUUCACGACUCUUCGUUGCUUGUUGAGGGGGACCGAAUAAGCCAGAUCUACAAUGGAACUACACCAACGUCGUAUCCCGAUGGUACGGAGGUGGUCGAAGCCACUGGCAAGAUCAUUAGUCCCGGCUUCAUCAACACGCACCAGCAUCUAUGGCAGACUGCUUUCAAGACGAUCGCGUCUAAUACAACAUUAGUAGAGUACUUCCAACGAUAUGGCUCAUCUGGCCCGUCAAUCCAACACUUUACGCCGGAAGACAAGUAUCUCAGCCAGCUAGCUGGCAGUCUUGAACUUUUGAAUUCCGGUACAACAACAGUCCUAGACCACGCCCACGGCGGUUCAAGCAACGAGACAGCCGACGCCAUCUUCACCGCCACCCUCGAAAGCAAACUCCGCACCUACCACGCAUUCUCCAUCCAAUCCCUCCCAAACAACUACACCACCUCCGCCCAAAUCGCCAAAGUCACCAGUUUCGCCAACGAUCCACGCCUAUCCAACAACUCCCUCGUCUCCCUCGGCCUCGCAUACGACAACUUCGACGCCGCCCCAGCUUCUCUACUAACAUCCCUCUGGUCCCUCAUCCACACCGCCAACCUCUCAGUCAUAACAACCCACACCCUCGGCGGGCCAUGGAUAACCGGCAACACACCAUCUCGCCUCGCGUCUCUCGGGUGGCUCAACACAUCCAUCCCCGUGAUUUUCAGCCACGCGUCCUUCAUCUCCCCAUCCGACGUGUCUGCGCUGCGCGAAACAAACCAGUUCAUCAGCACCACGCCCGAAAGCGAAAUGCACUACGGACACGCGCACCCAUCCGCAGACUCCAUCCAGGACCAAGCAUCUCUCGGUGUCGAUACGCAUUUUACGUUCGCCGCAGACAUGGUCGGCCAGGCGCGGCUGUGGAUGCAGAAUCUGCGGCUGGGCAGGGUGGAAGAGGUACUUGUGGGGAGGGGCCAGAUUGCGCGAAGUAAUCCGAUGAGUGUGGAGCAGGCUUUCCACCUGAUUACGCGCGCUGGUGCGUUGGCGCUGCGCAGACCGGACUUGGGCGUCGUCGCGCCGGGUGCGAAGGCUGAUCUCGUGCUUUUCGACGGCGAGACGCCGGGGAUGCUGGGGUGGAGCGAUGCUGUUGCUGCUGUUGUUUUGCAUAGUAAUGUUGGGGAUGUGCAGGGUGUGAUGGUGGGUGGGGAGUGGGUGAAGAAAGAGGGCAAGUUGGUGUUUCCGGGGUAUGCGGAUGUUAAGCGGAGGUUUUCGGCGAGUGCGAGGAGGAUUCAGGGGAUUUGGGCGGGGAUGGAGUGGGGGAGGGUGGACGGGGGGAUGUGGAGGAAUCAGACGCAGUUUGGGGAUGUGAGGGAGGUGGAUGUUUUGAGGGGGGACGGGACGGGAUACUGA